AUGUGUGUGCCUUCAUGCCCUGUGCCUUCCUUCGCCUUUAUCGAAAAGAGAAUAUGCAUCGAUAUCUGCCCAAUAACUAUCGCUAAUUCUCCGGGGUAUUUCGGAGACCCAGGAACCACUCCAACAAGGCUGUGCGUGACAACAUGCAUAACAAGUGGACUUUAUCGUGAUGUCGCUAACAACCGAACAUGCCAGCCGACCUGUACCUACAACUCAAGCUACAAGACAUAUCGCGAGCCAAAUACCAUGACGUGCACUGCUAAUUGCCCAACCUACCCUCAGUAUCUCUACGCAUGGGCUUCUAAUUCCACAAAUAGCAUUUGCAUCUCUCCUUGCACGACUGGGUACAUGAAUGACGCGAACAUGAGCUGUGUAGCUGCCUGUCCUUUCCUGGUGGAUCCAACGACUAACCGAUGUGUCAGCUCUUGCCCCAUUAGCUCUGCCGCGAAUACCACUCUUUACGCCAAUUUGGUUGCUAAAAAAUGUGUCUCUGCAUCUUCCUGCCCGAAUGGUACAUAUGCUAGUGACGAUUCUUUGACCUGCGUUUCCGAAUGCCCCAACAACACUUACAUUUUUGGUAAGAAUUGCGUAAAGUUCUGCCCUAACGGAUACUACAUCAACCUUGUUAGCCAAACUUGCGUUCUCCCCAGUGCCUGCCCAGCUAAUUAUUUCGCCAAUAACCAGACUACUUCUUGCGUGUUAAGCUGCACUAAUGGGACCUUUGGUGACUCCACCACUCGCCAGUGCAUUACUGCCUGCUACGGAUCCAACUACGCAGAUCCAUAUACAGGAUUAUGCUCGUCUUCUUGCAGUACCGGACUGCUAAAGAACUCAUUAACGCUGAGCUGUGUCAGUAACUGUACAACUGGAUAUUUCUACAAUCCUCUAAACUUAAGCUGCACAACUACAUGUCAAUCCCCCUAUUAUGCUGAUACUAAAUCACUAUCUUGCGUCCUGGUAUGUUCAUCAAAUCCUAUGACAUUUGCCUCAAUCACUCCAGUAAGGGCCUGUGUCACAACUUGCCCCUCUAAUGCAUCAUGGUUCGACCUCGUCAACAGAGUCUGCGUUGCAACUUGCCCAGCAAGUACAUACCAAUACAGCGUCAACUCUUCUUGUGUUUCAUUCUGCCCUCCUCCUUACUUCUUGCUGGCAUCUGUUUGUGUCCUAAACUGCACAUUCAACGGAACCACCAAUAUGUACGCUGACAGUACAACUCAAACCUGUGUCUCGAGUUGUCCUGCUGGCUACUACACCGACCCGACUACUUACAAAUGUGUGGUGAACUGCCCCAUCAAUCCUGUUAGAUACUAUGCUGAUAGUAGUAAAAAGUGCCUCACUGUCUGCGGGUCAAACAAAUACGCUGAUAACGAAAAGGGCGCAUGCGUCAGCACAUGCUCAGUUCUCCUAUGA